AGCCAAUAACCGACCUUGGCUAGCGUGAAGCUACAGACCAAAAGCCCAUGCAGCCCGCCAAAUAAACCGGACCAACUUAGCCACCCACUGGAACUCACCGCCCCCCAAAAAAACUACUGAUCACAACAUGAGCAGAUUCAACCGGCGAGUCCAAAUCCCCGAUUUACAACUCCCCAAAUACGACGAUGCAGAAGAAGAAGGAGAUUAUAGUGAUAAUAAUGGAGUAGCGCGAUUAACAACAACAGGGAGCAAUGUGAGUGACGAUCAAGAACCAGUCAUGGGUGUUAAAGUUCUAAGACAAGCUUCGCGUCAUAGAGAUAUUAAAGGGGAUUAUCUUGAUGUUCCUUCCCAUUCGUACUUGAUGAAGAUUUUUCAGAAACAAGGUGAUAAGCAAGUUCUCUUUGCUGAUAAAGUUUUGAAAUUCACUGCUUCAGGAAAGAUGAAACACCGCAUAUUGUUAAUAACUGACUUUGCCCUUUACAUUAUUGACCCGGAGACUAAUGCGCUUAAACGACGAAUAGCUCUGGCAGCUGUAGAAAAGACAUGUUUGAGUGACUUAAGUGAUAAUUUCCUUGCAAUUAUCAUUCCAAAAGAGUAUGAUCUUCUCAUGGCCAGCACUAGAAAGACUGAAAUAGUUGCAGUGUUAGUUGAAGCUACCAAGAGUGCUUCUGACUUUGAACUUGAGGUGGUUUUUUCCAAUAGCUUUGAGUAUAAUGCAGAUGCUGAAUUGGUAAAGGAAAUCCAGUUCGAGGAAGUUGAAGGUACCCACUAUUACAUAGUAAUCGGGUAAAUCAGUGUUAUGUGCUCGUGAGGCCUUCUGUUCAUAUCCCUUCUUAUGUGCAUUUCAGGAGGAGUUAAAACCAGAAUCACGAGGAAAUGAGUAGCAGUCCACACAUGAUUUUAUUUGUUUAUAGAAGUCCACACAUGUUUUCAUUUGUUUAUAGACUACACAGGACAUUCAUACUGUUCAUUGUAAAGCGGGAAGGUCAUUGCAUUGGCCCAUUGAUAUAUUGUUUUGUUGAUGUUGAUUUUUUUGUGUCUAAUCCCCGUAGUAAAAGAAUUGAAGUUUUUCUCUGCGGAACUGGUUUCGGUUGUAUGAAAUGAGGUUAUUUUUUA